UCCUCCUCCCACCAGAUUCAGAAGCUCUGCCUCGAGUUCUUCAUCGUUGCCGUCAUCAUCCAUCCCCUCUUCCGGGGUGAGAUCAAGGAGCAGCCCCAUCUGAGGCGCGGUUUCACAGGUGGAAACAAAGACAGAUGCCGAGGAAUGGACACGUCUUUCAUACCUGUUAGCACACCUGAGGUGACUUACCUGUUUGGCGCGGGAAGCCCCUUGACCCCGGGGAGGUGGGUUUCGGCUGCGACUCAUGGACUGCUACCUUGAAUGAAUUUUACCAAAGACACCCAGACACAUUACGCUUGUGUUCGCUCUCUUUACUUCACCUAACAGUACUCCGACAGCAGCCAUUUUGUAUCGUAAAAUGCUUAGUUGUGUGUAUUUGCUAUUUUAAUUGAUUUGGGCUAAAUGCUAUCGCCAGUCGUUACACUUUUAUGUUUGAAAGUUGUCAAAUUACCUUGUCGGUUUGACGCACUCUGGUAUCCACAAAAACAGCUCUUCUGGGCACUUAUUCGUGUCGAAUAUAGGUCUUAGAUAAAUGCGGGAAAUAGACACCGUAACGACGUUUUAAUGUUAACACGGACUUGUAGCUGUCAAAACAAGAACGCCAAGCAUUGGAAUGACUUCCUACAUUGCGUCUCCAGGGUAACACACAACCUGCUUUACGGCCGGGCGCAAUACGCCCUGACUGACGUAAAAUAAUUAAUUCGUCUUCUAGCAUACUGUAUGUCCAGCCUCAAAAGUAACAUGGAAGAGAAGAGGAGUGCAAAGACCAACAGCAAAGGCAGCUGUGAUGAUGACGUUGACAAUACUUUUCAACAACAGGGUGACAAGAGAGCAAUUCCUACUUCCCAGUCCCCUCUGCUGGAGCCUACCUUCAUUUGGGAACACGGUCAAGCAACAGAAGGAUCCUCUCUCACCAAAGAAGCUGCCGUCAUCGACACAACGGAUGAAAAGCAUCAACACCAAACCGUCAGCAAUCCCAUCGGUGACUCGCAGCUGGAGAGGAAAGACAGUGAGCACGGAAAGGACCAGGAGGGAAACGUGAAAGAGGGACGUGGCCCGAUGCCGUCCCAAACGGCCGUUGAUCAGUACCAUGUAUUCCCACCGACAUCUGUGGACGCAAGUGGAUCCGGUGCAGCUGCUUUGGAAGGUCAGCAGACAACAGAGAGCAUGUGCCAUUUAGAGCGGAAGCAAAAAAGAAGACCGGCUAUUGUAACUGAAGCGGCCACCGCAGGAGAGCCUAGCAAAAAGAAGAGAAGGAUGGGUAUGUGUGGUGCGAUGGUGAAGGAAGCAAGUCAUUUUUCACACAUCAAAAAUGGACAAGAGGAAGAGGAAAGGCCAACAUCUAUCAGUACAGCCCCCGUGGUUAUCACACAACCGACGGGGGAAGAUGUCCUCACAUCAAGUCAGCAUAGCACAUCUGACAGCAGUGAGACGGCAUGCAAGCCAAGUUACGUGGAUGACAAAGAUCGGGACCAGCAACAGGACCCACCUCCUGUUCCAGAUCAAACUGACCCCCCAAAGGAGGAGAAUCAGCAUUUAGAUCAUCCAAAGCCACGGGAGGUGGACUGUAGACCGCCAAGCGUUACAUGUGGGGUCGCGGAUGUGCAGUGUGUUGCCGUAGCAACCAGUGAGAAGAGCGAUGAGACUGCUGGUGACCCUCCUGCCGAUGCUUGCCAAAGCUGUGCUCUGGCGCCCUCUGGUGCUUCAGAGAUGAAUGACACGUGUGGAACUGGUCUAGAAGAUACUCCUCUUGCUGUGCAGGCAGAGGACACGCAAACCAACAACACGGCUGACUUGCUGGCGUCUGGAGGCUUGGAUAUUGUGUCCGACACGCAGCUCAACGCCAUUGCAUUGAUUGAGGAGCAGGCAACCAGGGAGGAUGAAGAUGAUGAAGACGCCACACAACUCAUGUGUGGCCUCAUACGGGAACUCUCCUUUCUCAAUCGAACCAUCAUGGCCGCUCAUCGAGAGAUUGACAACAUGCGGCGUGCCAGGAAGAACUCAAGGAGUGUACCACGCUGAUAUUUCCAGCUUUAUAGUCAGCUUUACCACACUUUAGGCAUUGACACGGUCAUGCCCUCCUGGUGGCUAAAGCUGAGAAGCUCUGUCGUCUUGAAUGUGGUGGGAUGGUGGAGCUGCAUCAGCAAGGCCUCUGGCAGCAGGCCAGUAAGACAGCACUAAGACAUUCAUUCUACAGGACAAGGUCCUGGACCCAAAUGAAGGCUCUUAGCGGUGCCGACCGCAGUACAAUAACCAUCAGACGCCAUCUGUGGGAAAAGGCUUUCAAAAAACAAACACCAAAUCCAAAGACCUCCUCUCCUCUCCUUCAACGCCACAAAACUGCCCGUUUACACUUUGCCAGGGAGGAUCAAACAUGGGACAUUCGGACAUCUACGUAUAUAUACAGGGUAUCUUUGCCUCAUUCUCUCAACUACAGCAUAAAUUUGGAUUGGAAAAUAAUUCUUUCUUUCAAUAUCUGCAAAUUAGGGAUUAUAUACGUAAACAUAUGGAGGACUUUCGGAAUGAGUCAAAAACAUGAAAAUGAGUGCCUGAAAUUGACAAUAGACGAACCAAAACUGAUAACACGCAUCUACAAAGCCCUCCUGUCAAUGACUCCCUCUCCAGCUCAUAUACAUAGCAUAAAUUGGAGAAAGAACUUGGCGAAUCGAUUACAGAGGAUCUCUGCGAUAGUGCACUUGAAAAGAUUAAUACAUGUUCGCACAGUGCCAGACAUUGCCUUAUUCAAUUUAAAAUUAUAUACAUGCUCCAUUUCUCAAAGGAAAAACUACAUAAUAUAUACCCAGAUGUCUCGCCUAUCUGUGACAAGUGCAAAUCUUCGAAGGCAACUCAUCUUCAUAGUUAUGCACUUUGCCCCAAAAUAUACUCUUUUUGGUCUGGUGUUUUUGAUA